GAUUUUCACCAAGCAGUUGAUGGACUUCAAGAAGUACAGCGUCAAGUACAAGAGGGGAAAAACAUUGGCACGACAAAAAAAAGGAAUUGGACCAACUUAUUCUUCCAAAGCUGCACGGACAGGACUUCGGAUCUGUGAUCUUCUUUCAGACUUCAGUGAAUUUUCAUUAAGAUUUAAAAAUCUGGCUCACCAGUACAAGUCAAUGUUUCCUUCUUUAGAAGUUGACAUAGAAGGACAACUAAAAAAACUGAAGGGAUACGCUGAAACAAUAAGACCAAUGGUCAAAGAUGGAGUUUAUUUUAUGUACGAAGCACUACACGGCCCUCCAAAGAAAAUUCUGGUGGAGGGUGCCAAUGCAGCACUGCUUGACAUUGAUUUUGGCACAUAUCCUUUUGUGACAUCAUCAAACUGCACCGUGGGUGGUGUAUGCACUGGAUUGGGCAUUCCUCCUCAGUAUAUUGGAGAAGUUUACGGAGUAGUAAAAGCCUACACAACAAGAGUGGGAAUUGGAGCCUUUCCAACUGAACAAAUAAAUGAAAUUGGAGACCUUUUACAGUCACGAGGUCAUGAAUGUGUGACUACAGGCAGGAAAAGACGUUGCGGCUGGCUAGACCUUGUCAUUUUGAGAUACGCUCAUAUGAUCAACGGCUUUACUGCUUUGGCAUUAACAAAACUUGAUAUUCUGGAUGUCCUUGAUGAAAUCAAAAUUGGUGUGGCUUACAGGCUGGAUGGGAAAAGAAUUCCAUAUUUUCCAGCUAAUCAGGAAAUAUUACAAAAAGUGGAAGUUGAAUAUGAAACAAUGCCAGGUUGGAAAACUGACACAACUAAUGCCAGAAAAUGGGAGGAACUUCCAUCUAAGGCACAAAAUUACAUUAGAUUUGUAGAAAACCAUGUUGGUGUGUCAGUUAAAUGGGUUGGAGUUGGAAAAUCAAGAGAAUCAAUGAUCCAGCUCUUUUAAGUGGCCCAUAGAAGAGCUGCACUGAGAAAGGGUUCGCCUAAUCUUUUCUGAUCCUAGACGAAGAUGAAGAUGCUUUUAAAAUCAAAAUAACCUUCCUAGACCAUGAUUAGAAAAGAGCAUUUUCUCUUAUUUUAAAGUGUUAAAAUAGCUUGGAAACUACAUAAAAAUAAUUGGAGUGAAUUGGUUGAGGAGAAUAUUAAGAUGUAUAUACUAAUAAAACUCUCCUGUUCGUCUGUUGUAAUCUUCUAUUGGGCGAAAUGGUGCCUUGUAGGGCAACCAUUUUUUAAUCACUGUACUUUAACUUAAAGAAUGCAUCCAAAAUCCAGAACUCAUUACUCCUAUGGAAUUGAAAUUUGGCAAAACUGUGGCCAUUUCAGCGCCACAAGACUGCCGUGGUCAGUCGAAGCCACAUAAUCAUUGUUUCCAAUGCUCCCUGCCAAAUUCCCACAAGGAAAGUCAAUAGGACAUUAGCAGGUAAUCGUUAGUCACUCACACUCCAACUGAAUGUUUACCUGUACAUGAUCAUUAUGUUUCUCUACUGGUAAAGAAAUGUCUCUGGAACAAUAACCCAGUGGGUCACAGGCUGUGUAGUAACUUUUUAAAAGUAUCAAACACAUAUGGAAUUAUUUUUUGAAACUGCUAUCAAAAACAAUCUACCAUAGUGUUCCCAUUCGUAUGUCAGGAAAUGGUGAGAUAUGCAUAUAUGUUAUGCAGUGGUGGCGCAGUGGUUAAAUGCAGCA